UCAAAAUGGCGGGUCAUAUGAAGAAGACAUGGAGGAAGGAUUGAGCUCUAUUUUAUCAGUAUCUAACCGUCAGAGUGCCUCUCUCUCCAGCCGCUACCUUCUAAAGCCUUCAAGACAGGCACAGCAUGGCCAGUUACAAAUGGAGGCCGUUAAGAAGAAGCUUUUUGAAGGAGAGGAAGAUGAGGAGGAGAAUGGAGAUCAUGAUAAUCACUGGAUUGAUGGACAGACUCAUAAUGGAAGCCAAGUUUGGGGUAAUUCUUUGACCACACCCACUUCCCAUCGCUCCACAGCUGCUAUGGACUACACCUCCCCUCCUUCAAAAUGUAUUAGAUUCAAUUCACCAACCAACAUCAUCAACAGCACCUCAUCAUCAAAUCAUUAUCCUCAAGAUGAAGAGUAUUCAUUGCUACCUCCAAGAUACCUAACCCCUGAACGCUCCACCCCUCUCUCCUCCCUCUCCCCCCUCUCCUCCCCCCCUCGUAUUGAUAGACUCAGACUCUUUGACACACCUCACACUCCAAUGACCUUACUCAGGAGAUCAAGUAUGUCUGAGAACGACCUCAACAUACAGUCUGACGUAAUGAUGACAUCAUCAGUACCGCCCCCUAACAACAGACCGGGUGGAGAGUCUAGUAUUAGACCCCGUAUAUCCCGCCUCACAUUGUCUGGUCCUCCAUUGAGACGGAAUACAUCCAAAGGAACUAACAUUAACCCUUUCACUCCUAAAGAUAUCUACACACGGAGCAAGAGGAGCAGGGAGGACACUGAGAGGGCGUGUGCUAGUGAACAUGGUGGAGGAAAGAGAAAAGCGCUGGCUCUUAGAGAGAGUAAUAUUUAUAGAUACCGUGAGGAGUUCCAUGAGGUCUGUAUUAUUGGGUCUGGCUCAUUUGGUGUUGUAUAUAAGUGUAUCAAUAGACUAGAUGGGUGUGUCUACGCAUUAAAGAGAUCACAUAAACCAGUAGUAGGAUCAGCUGAUGAACCAGCUGCAUUACGUGAGGUGUAUGCUCAUGCUGUCCUUGGGUCCCACCCUCACCUGGUCAGGUACUACUCAGCUUGGGCUGAAGAUGAUCACAUGCUAAUACAAAAUGAAUACUGCAACGGUGGUACUCUCUCGUCUCUUAUCUCAAAGAUACAUAAAAGCACUCUCAGGUUUAAUGAAGUUCAGCUAAACAGAUUAAUACAACAUUUAGCAAUGGGCCUGACCUACAUACACUCAAUGGGUUUGGUACAUUUGGACAUAAAACCAGAGAAUGUGUUCAUCAGUCUACCGACCCUACCUGAUUCAAGACUACCCCCUCAGGCUGAGGUAUCCUGGGACUCUCUCCUCAUGUCUGAAGCUCUUUAUAAAAUAGGUGACAUGGGGCACGUGACUUCAGUGAAGAGUCCUCAAGUUGAAGAUGGAGACUGUCGCUUUAUAUCACGUGAAGUUUUACAAGAAGAUUAUUCAUCAUUACUUGAGUCUGAUGUAUUCUCAUUAGGACUCACUGUUUACUGUGCUGGCAGUUUGUGUGAUUUGCCUAAAAAUGGACCCGAAUGGCACAGAAUUAGAGAUGGACAUUUGCCGGCAUUAUCUCAGUGUUCAGAACAUUUCAAUAAAUUAUUAUUGUCACUUGUUCAUUCUUCACCUUCUAAAAGACCAACUGCUUCGGAGUUACAGUCUCAUCCUAUUGUAUGCCCUUCAACUGAAAAAACAAAAGCUCAAUUAAUGAAAGAGUUGAAUGAAGAGAAGCUUAAGAAUCAGAUAUUGACAAGGGAACUUCGGGAUUUAAGGGAAUUUUCAAAAUCUAAGAGAAAGAACAAAUAUUUGAUAGGGGGUGGAGCCAGAGGGUGUCGCAGCAUGAGUGCUGAUGCAUUCUAUUAAUCAUAACUCUGACCAUUCAUUAUUAUUGUUGUUGUUAUUAUUAUUGUUAUUAUUGUUGUUGUUAUUGUUAAUUAUUUUUAUUUUCAUCUCAUUUCUUGCUCUCUUGUUUUGUCUUUGAUUGAUAUAACAACUGUCUCACUGUUCCUUUUCAAUUGUUGUCAUUUUGAAAUUAA